GAGAAACAGAGAGAGUUCAUUUCUCCUCAGCUGAAGAACAACACGUCGAGUCUCAGGCAGUCGUGCAGCAGUCAUGAACGAGGUGAAGCUGGUUCUGCUGGGCAGUGAGGGAGCGGGAAAGUCAGCGGUUUUGGUGAGAUUCCUGACCAAACGCUUCAUUGGUGAAUACGCCUCGAAUACAAGUUCGUUGUACCAGAAAAGGCUCUCCAUCGAUGGCAGACAGUUAAACCUGGAGAUCUUUGAUCCGUGCUCACAGAACAUGGAGAACAUAUGUAUCCUGGAGGAGCCGGUGGACUGGGCAGAUGGCUUUGUGGUGGUCUACACAAUCAACGACCGUGUGUCUUUCCUCUGUGCUGAAAACAUCCUACAUCAAAUCAGAGCGAGGCGCCGAGAGGCGUGUAAAGGAGACGUGGACGUUCCCAUCUGCCUGGUGGGGAAUAAGCAGGACCUGUGUCACAGCCGGCAGGUGAGCGAGGAAGAGGGACGUUCUCUCGCCCUGGAGCACAAGUGCAUUUUUCAGGAAGUGUCUGCUGCUGAGAACUACCUGGACAUUGCUAACCUCUUCACCAGACUCAUACGACACGUCAUGGAGCACAGAUCUGAGCGCCGGCGCUACAGCGGCUCCAAAUCCAUGACCAAGCUCAUCAACAACAUGUUUGGGAAAAGGAGGAAGUCCGUCUGAAGCACUUCACCACAACAAAAAACCUUCUGAGUCUUCGCCGUCUGGAAUGUUCUCUAGAACCUGAUGCUUGUAAUGGGAUCUCACCUGAGGAGUGGAACCAGAGAGCAGACCACAAUUCCUCUGCUCCUCAAAAUUUAGAGCUUUAAAUAUUUCUUAAGUUUGUUCCUUUAGGUUCAAGGUUUUAUGCAGAUUCAUACAAGAGACAGAGUAAAAAUACUGAGUAGAUCCCUUUAGGAGGUGAAGAUCCUUUAAUUACCCAACAAAACCCAGGAGAACAACUUUUCUUUCCUAAGAGUAGAAACCAAGUCCCAAGAGGUUUAAUAUGAAACUCCUGACAGCUUCUACUUCAAACACACUCAUUCAGAACUAAAGUUUUUUACAGGUUUCACAGGUUCUUUAAGAUCACACUGGAUCAUUCAGAUCCAGACAGAGAAUCGUUCAGACUGUACAGAGUUCACGUUGAGGAAUAAACACAAGUUUAAACUGAAGGUAAAAAUGAAACUGAAGCAAAACAUUCAUUCAUUCAUUUAUCUUCUACCUCUUAUCCGAACUACCUCGGGUCACGGGGAGCCUGUGCCUAUCUCAGGCGUCAUCGGGCAUCAAGGCAGGAUACACCCUGGACGGAGUGCCAACCCAUCACAGGGCACACACACACACACACACACACACACACACACACACACACACACACACACACUCUCAUUCACUCACACACUACGGACAAUUUUCCAGAGAUGCCAAUCAACCUACCAUGCAUGUCUUUGGACCGGGGGAGGAAACCGGAGUACCCGGAGGAAACCCCCGAGGAACGGGGAGAACAUGCAAACUCCACACACACAACACUGGAGCAGAGAGAGUUAAGGGCCUCCAUCAAGGGCCCAACAGUAGCAGCUCAUCAGUGCUGGGGCUCGAACCCUGAUCAACAACACAGAGCCUUAAACACUGGACCCACCAGAAAUAAACACACCGGCCGCUGAAUCUGGGAGGUUGGAGUUUUACACAGAUGUAAUCCUAUAAACUCGUCUGUGUUCAGAAUUAAUUGCAAUUUCAUUUAGAAAUCUUCUAAAAUAAACUGAACUCUGUGUUUGUAAAGUUAAAUAAAAUCGUUUGUAUGAUAAAAAUAAUUAAAUAACUGAUGUAAUCUGUAAUGAUUGUUGGUGAUUAAUAUUUAACCCUUGAAGCAUGGAGGAUAUUCUGGUCUUUAUCUCUCGCCCAGGUUAAUGAUUCCAUCUGAAGUUUUUCUGUUUCAGUGCUGAAGCAGCUGAUUAUAUGCACUGAUGCACUACAAUGUACAAUGUUUUUUUUCCCAGGUUCGUCAAUACAGUUUCAUACAGAUUCAUAAUGAAAUUACAUAUUAUAUAUAAUAUUAUAAUACAUUUAUAUAUAUAUAAGAUGUUCUAACAACAAACAAACAAACAACAACAUCUACUACAUUGAAGUUUGGACAACAACUGCUUAAGAUUUGUCACUUUCUGC